AUGACGGAAUCCGAUGGCCGGCCGCUUCCCACUACGACGACGCCUCACGUUUUGAUCUUCCCUUUCCCUGCGCAAGGCCACAUCACCUCCAUGCUCAACUUAGCCGAGCUCCUCUGCCUCUCCAACCUCAGAGUCACCUUCCUCAACUCUGACUACAACCACCGCCGCCUCCUCCAGUUUACCUCCGUCCAAUCCCGUUUCGCUGUCUACCCCGAGCUCUUCUACAUGCUGGGCAUCGCCGACGGCCUGCCUAUCGACCACCCCCGCAGCGGCGAGCAGAUUCUCGACCUCUUCGAAUCCAUGAGAUCGGUAACCAAACCCUUGUUCAAGGAUUUGCUUCUCUCGAUUCGCCCGCCGCUCGACUGCGUGAUUAGCGACGGAGGUCUCGACUUCCCUCUCGAUGUUGCCGGCGAGGUCGGGAUCCCGGUCGUUCAUUUCCGUACAAUCGGCGCCAGCUGCUUCUGGACUUAUUUCUGCAUCCCUGACUUGAUUGAAGCCGGCGAGCUCCCAAUCCAAGGAGGGGAAGAAGAAAUGGACAGACUGAUAACCAAAGUUCCCGGAGCAGAGGGAUUUCUCAGAUGCAGAGAUCUCCCGAGCUUGUGCCGCGGAAGAGAUCUCUAUCAUCCCUACCUCCAAGGUAUGGUUUCCGCUACUAGACUGUCCUCCAAAGCUUAUGCGCUGAUCCUCAACACAUUCCCUGACUUAGAAGGUCCAAUUCUCACCCAAAUCAAUUCUCACUGCCACAAGAUCUACCCAAUUGGACCCAUCCACGAGCACUUACGAACAAAGCUCAAGAAGCUGAAACCCACCCAAGAAUCAUCCUCGUCGUCGUCGUCGAGUCUCUGGGAAGAAGACAGAACCUGCUUGGGAUGGCUAAACGGGCAGCCUCCGAAAUCCGUCCUUUAUGUGAACUUCGGCAGCAUUACAGUGAUGAAAGCAGAGGAUAUAAUCGAAAUCUGGCACGGUCUCAUCAACAGCAAGCAGCGAUUCUUAUGGGUUAUGAGGCAGGGCUCGGUCGUCGCCGAGCUUGGAAGCAACAGCAGCACCAGCACUUUCCCUGAAGAGCUGGUGAAAGAGUAUCCAGGCGAAGAACACAUGGUGGUGUCAGGGUGGGUGCCGCAGAAGGAAGUGCUGGAUCAUGGCGCCGUGGGUGGGUUUCUGACGCACAGCGGGUGGAACUCGACUCUGGAGACGAUUGUGGCUGGUGUGCCGAUGAUUUGCCUGCCGUAUUUCGCCGACCAGCAAGUGAACAGCAGGUUUACGAGCGAGGUGUGGAAGCUUGGGCUGGAUAUGAAGGAUGCUUGCGAGAGGAAGGUGGUGGAGAAGGUGGUGACUGAAUUGAUGGGGGAGAGAAGGGAAGAGUUGGGGUCGAGGGCGGCGAGGAUGGCCGAGUUGGCGAGACGGAGUGUUGGUUUGGAUGGGUCGUCGGAUCGGAAUCUGGAGGCUUUGAUUGAGGAUAUCAGAUCGAUGAGGAGGUCGUAA